AUGCCUCUACAACGAACGCAACCGGUUCUGGCCAGUUUCCCAAGCGAGCAUCUGACCAUCGCAGCCGGCGUAGCCAUCUUCCACCUAGCCACCGAACGUGUGGUUCUUUGCUACCACACCCGCGAUAAAUACCUCUUCCUUCCAAAAGGUCGACGUAACGCCAACGAGGAUACAGGCCAGGCCGCCGAGCGUGAAGGCUUUGAGGAGUCUGGCUACAGAAAUCGACUACUGCCUCUUCCUUUGAUACAUCGUCAGCCUGAUAGAGAUGAAGGACAUGAAGACUUCGUGACCGAGCCAUUAUGGACACAGCUGCUUCCGGUAUCACGAAGGACGCAAUACCUUUUACAUUGGUAUAUUGCGGAGACCGUACCGAAGAGUGUCGAGGAAGAGUAUGGACGCAUGUACCGUAACAAGGAAGAUUUGAAGCCAUACAAGCCCCCAGCGCCUUUCCCAAAAGGCCAGACAAUCGAGGCUAGAAUUGAGGAAGAUUGGGAGGUUAGGGACGGUGACGGGAGCAGGCAAAUGUAUGAGCCAGUACGACAUGAUGGCACUGGUGUGGACGAGGAAGAGGCACUGUAUGAGUCCUCUCUAGUCUCCAUCGAGGAAGCCAGGCGAAGAUUGGGCAAGAGCUCUGCAAUGGAUAUCAUAGAGAAGGCAAUCGAGUAUAUUCAAUAUAGAAAGCGGAUGGAACUGGGUACGGCUGAUCCGCCGACACGAGACGCAAAUCUUGGAUAUUGGGAGUAG